AUGUCCUUCGACGAAUGGCAAUCGCCCAUGGGCGCUCGCUAUGCGAGCAAAGACAUGCUCAGACUUUUCAGCGCCCGCACCCGCGCAUCUACAUGGCGUCAACUUUGGAUCUGGCUCGCCGAAGCUGAAAGAGAACUAGGUCUCGAUAUUUCCGAAGAAGCAAUCAGUCAAAUGAAGGCUGCGAGCACCAUGACCGACGAGGACUUUACCGUUGCUGCCAUCGAGGAGAAGCGACGACGACACGACGUUAUGGCUCAUGUCCAUGCAUUUGGUCAGCGAGCACCAGCGGCGGCCGGAAAGAUCCAUCUAGGCGCUACAUCGUGCUACGUGACCGACAACGCGGAUCUAAUCUUUUUGCGUGACGGGUUGUCCCUCCUGCUUCCCAAAAUCGCCAGAUGUAUCAAGAAACUGUCCGACUUCGCCGUGGAGUACAAAGAUCUGCCAUGUCUGGGUUUCACGCAUGGCCAACCAGCACAGCCCAUCACCGUCGGACGCCGUGCCACACAAUGGAUCGAAUCUCUGCUCAUGGAUCUGCGCAACAUCGAGCGAGCACGAUCCGAUCUACGCUUCCGAGGCGUCAAAGGCACCACCGGCACACAAGCGUCUUUCCUUGAAUUGUUCCACGGAGAUCACGCCAAGGUCAAGGCCCUAGAUGAGCUUGUUACCAAGAAGGCGGGUUUCACCAAGCGCAGCAUCGUGUCAGUCCAGACCUAUAACCGCAAGAUUGACUUCGAUGUCGCCAAUGUUCUCGCGUCCUUUGGCACGACGUGUGAACACAUCGGCACCGACAUCCGACAUUUGGCUAUGAUGAAAGAACUCGAAGAGCCAUUCGAGAAGGACCAAAUAGGCUCAUCUGCCAUGGCAUACAAACGGAACCCAAUGCGCUGCGAGCGAAUGUCGAGUCUGGGCCGGAAAUUGACCUCUUUGCCCCAAGGAUUCGGCCAGACAUAUGCGCAUCAGUGGUUCGAACGAUCGCUUGAUGACUCUGCAAUCCGACGAAUCGAUAUCCCGGAGAUGUUCCUGAUCGCUGACUCGCUGUGCAUCUUGCUUGACAAUGUUUCUUCUGGAUUGGUUGUAUACCCUGCUGUCAUCAACAGCCGUCUCCAACAAGAGUUGCCCUUCAUGGCCACCGAGACAAUCAUCAUGCGUUUGGUCGAGAAGGGUGCAAGCAGGCAGGAAGCUCACGAACAGAUCCGUGUGCUUUCGCACCAGGCAGGUGCAGUAGUGAAACAAGAGGGCAAGGCCAAUGACUUGGUUGAGAGAAUCAGGAAGGAGAAGUUCUUCGAACCAGUGUGGGCGGAGUUGACGGAGAGCGACCUUUUGAACCCUGCCAAGUUCAUCGGCAGGUCACCUGAACAAGUGGUUGAAUUUGUCGAGGAGGAGGUUGAGCCUGCACUCGCGUCGUACAAGGAGGCAAUUGCAGGAGUGGCAGCUGCGGAAAUCCAUGUUUAG